AUGCAACUGCCGUCAUACUUGGACGUCGUGCGCGGCAGACUCCCGGAAAAGGGACCGCUCGACGACCCCAAACGCGCCCUAGCGGCUACGCUCGCUGAGAACGGCGACCUCAAGGCGCGCAUCGACGAGCUCCAAGACCUCUCUGCGCAGAUCCAGCUGCUUCAGCACAACCUCGACUCCACCACCACCACCACCACCACCAAGGCGUCCGCAGCCGCGGCUGACGCGCAGCGGGCACGACUCCAGCGCGCGGAUGCCGAGGGGGCGCAGCAGCACGCGAAGAUCGCGAACCUCGAGCGUGCCGCGGAGCGCGCCGCGCGGGAGCAUCGCGACGUGUUCGCGCUCGCAGACGUGCGGGAACGGGCUGCGGCAGAGGCGGAGGCGAGGCUGAUGAAGACGCAGGAGGUGGAGGAGAGGGACGUCGUCGAGCUCGUCAAAGGCUUGAACGCUCAUAUCGAAGCGGCGGCAGCAGCUAUGGCUGGCUCGCGGAAGCCUGGUGCCGCCACGACCGCCCCCACUGGAUCCGCGGAGAGCGUGCGGCGGCUGGAGCGCGGAGGUUGGGUCGGCGAGCAGCUUCUUGCGAUGCUGCGCAAGCAGGGGAGGGCUCGUGCAGACGUUGUGAAGGUGGUGCUCCAGGUGGGUAUGGCCUCGUUUGUGCGAUGGGUGGUCAUGAGCUGGGACCUCGACGCCUGCGGAGAGACGAGCGUGUUGGAGGACAUAUAUGCGCAGGUGGAAUGUAGGGAAUCCACGUCAGUCGCCCGAAGGUGGAAAGCCCUCACCCGAUCGCACAUGGACCGCGCCGUUGCCCCUCCAUCACAGCCCGACCGCCUGUACCAGACCCUCUUCGACUUCGCCAACGGCGUGCUUCUCGUUGGAGGUGGAGCAGACGCAACGAGGCCGGCAGGUGCGACCGAGCGCGUCUUGAGCGAAAUUGUCGGGCUGGCCUUAGACGUCCGGCUGGCCGCAGGCGUGUCGUCCAUGUCUCGCGAGUUUGUCGUCCACGAGGCCGAGAUGGGGUCGGUUCUUGAUGCGCCUGACAUCGAGGUGGCCAACCUUCUGACGAAGGUGCUGAGGCGUCGGAAGCUCAGCGCCCAGCUUUCCACUCUUUCUUGA